AAAAACUUAUUCAGGUGUUACUAUUUAGUGGUCAAUUGUACGGAAUAUGUACUGAACUGUGCAAUCGACUAAUAAAAGUUUCAAUCAAUCAAUCAAUCAGUACCAGUUCCACUUUCUUUUAUCCGGAUGCUAAGCUAACUAGUUGCGAGCUGUCACUUUAGCUUCUAUCUCCAUUUGCAGGCCGCCUUAUUUUUAGCGGGAAUGCAAAUAUGUGCCCACUUUGGUGAAGGAGUGAAAUGGUUCUUGUCCACAAGUCACACCGACACUCCCUCCUCGCAGCCUCCCACCCACACACCCACACACCCACACACCGUGCAUUUGUGGGCCUCCACGCCCCGCCUCCAGCUCGCCUGCUCGGACUGCGUGGCUCCGUCUCAACCGAUGAUGAUGAUGAUGAUGAUGAUGAUGAUGAUGAUGAUGGAGCUCCAUCUCUCAGCAGGUCUGGAGUCCACCUCUUCCACGCUGGAGCCGCCACAAGGAGCUUCUUUCAUUCACCUCGCCGUCUUUUAGCCUCACCUAGCGGGAUGUUUACGUGAGUCGCCAUGACGUCAACACGUCUCCUAUAGAGCGGGAACAGGAGGACUUUCUUCCGGCCGGCCGACGUUGAACUUUCUUUGGACUCGGCUAUGUGGCUCCUUUGGCCCAGCCUGUGUGCGAGCGGUCUGGCUUCCCCUCGGCGGACUUGCGAUGUGCUUCUGUUGGGUUUCUUUCCAGGAGGAUGGACAAUGGAGGCGGACAGAAGACUUCAUUAUUCGGCCUUUAAUUAGCACUAAGGAUUGUUCUAGAACGCAUCGCGUUCUCAUAAGAGUUUCGCCUUUUUUUUUAACACUGACAUUUCUUUAAAAGUUGUCUAACAAACAUUUUGGAGGGGGGCUUAAUGUGACUUUUUGACGGUUUCCUGGUGAGGUGCGUAAUUGUUGGUUACAGUUGAUGAGUGGUUUUAAAUGCGAUUUUGUGACUUUUAACUUUUUUUUUAACUCUUUUUUUUUUUUUUUUACAUUUUUUUGGGCCUGAAUGUGACUUUUUGACGGUUUAUUGAUGAGGUGGUAAUUGUUGGUUACAGUUGACGAGUGCUUUUAAAUACGAUUUUGGGACUUAACGUUUUUUUUAACUCCUUGUUUUUUUUUAACUCUUUAAAAAAAACUUUUUUAGGCCUGAAUGAAACUUUUUGACGGUUUCCUGGUGAGAUGUGUAAUUGUUGAUUACAGUUGACGAGUGGUUUUAAAUGCAAUUUUGGGACUUUUAAAUAUAUUUUUUUAAACUCUUAAAAACGUUUUUUUUAAACAGUUUUGUAGGCCUGAAUGUGACUUCUUGAUGAUUUCCUGAUGAGGUGUGUAAUUGUUGGUUAUAGUGGAAGAGUGGUUUAGCAGAACCUGAUAUCAGCCUCCUUCUAAAAUCAAUUUUGGGACUUUUAACUCAUUAAAAAAAAAAUAUAUAUAUAUAUAUUUUUUUUUUAAAUAAGUACAAUUUGUUUAAGGCCUGAAUGUGACUACGACGGUUUCCUGGUGAGGUGUGUAAUUGUUGGUUACAGUUGAUGAGUGGUUUUGAAUGCGAUUUUGGGACUUUUAACUUUUUUUUUUUCAAACUCUUUUAAAAAAAAAUAAUUUUUAAACACUUUUUAGGCCUGAAUGUGAGUUCUUGAUGAUUUCCUGAUGAGGUGUGUAAUUGUUGGUUACAGUGGAAGAGUGGUUUAGCAGAACCGGAUGUAAGCCUGCUUCUAAAAGCAAUUUUGGGACUUUUAACUCUUAAAAAAAAAAAAAAAAAAACUUAAAAAAAAAAAAUACAAUUUUUUUUUAAGGCCUGAAUGUGACUUUGACAGUUUCCUGAUGAGGUGUGUAGUUAUUGGUUACAGUUGAAGAGUGGUUUUAAAUGCGAUUUUGGGACUUUUAACAUUUUUUGAAAUCUUUUUUUCUUUAACUCUUUUUAAAAAAAACAUUUUUUAGGUCUGGAUGUGACUUUUUGAUGGUUUCCUGAUGAGGUGUGUAACUGUUGGUCACAGUGGAAGCGUGGUUUAGCAGAGCCUGAUAUCAGCCUGCUUUUAAAAGCGAUUUUGGGACUUAUAACUAUCCACGCUUGGCUUUAGUUAAAAAGUCUCCUCCAGGAGUUCCUUCCCCACAGUCGGACUACCAUCCCUCCCUCCGUGGACAAUGUGGCUGUCUCGCCUGGCCUUGCUGCUUCUCCUCCGGCUGUCCGUGGCCUUGGUGAAGGGCAUCAACACGUGCCAGUUCAUCAACUUGGACGAACAGAAGUCGCGGCGCAUCGAGGCGGUGCGCGGACAGAUCCUGAGCAAGCUGCGCAUCCAGAGCCCCCCGGACGACGACGACGACGACGAGGCGGCGGUGAGCGGCGCGGUGCCCCCGGAGGUCAUGCUGCUCUACAACAGCACCCGGGAGCUGCUGAAGGAGCGCGCCAGCUUUGGGGAGUCGCAGGCGUGCGAGCGAGAAAGCAGCGAGGAGGACUACUACGCCAAGGAGGUGCAAAGGAUCGACAUGCUGCCACCCACGCAAACCAACGCAGUGCAGCUGCUGCCACUCAAUCCGUAUUACAGAAGCGUCCCGUUUGACGUCAGCAGCGUGGAUUUGACCAACAGCACCCUGGUCAAGGCUGAGUUCAGGAUCUUCCGGGCCCCGAACCCGCAGGCCCGCGCCUCUGAGCAGAGAGUGGAGAUCUAUCAGGUGCUGAAGCCGGACGAGGAGAGCACGUCCACUCAGCGUUACAUAGACUCUCGCACCGUCCAGCCGCGUGCCAGGGGUUCCUGGCUCUCUGUGGACGUCACGGACACGGUCAAGGACUGGGUGUCAGAGCCGGAGAAUAAUCUGGGUUUGAAGCUGGGCGUCCACUGUCCUUGCUGCACCUUUGUACCCUCCACCAACAACAUCGUGCCCAACAAGAGCGAAGAACUGGAGGCUCUCUUUGCAGGCGUGGACGACGAGCAGCUCCGCCAGAUCAAAAACCAAAGCCAGGUAAAAGGUCAGGGGGAUUUCAGCACCAAGACGCCUCACCUCAUCCUCACCCUGCUGCCCAGCGACAGAGUGGAUAAGCCCACCAAGAGAAACCGCAAGAAAAGGGCGGCGGCGGCCACCGACGCCGCCACCUGCUCCCGCGGCUCCGAGUCGGGCUGCUGCCUGCGCUCGCUCUACAUCGACUUCAGGCGGGACCUCAACUGGAAGUGGAUCCACGAGCCCAAAGGUUACAAGGCCAACUUCUGUGCUGGAAACUGUCCUUACCUGUGGAGCGCCAACAACCACUACAACAUGAUUCUGCCGCUGUACAACAAACUCAACCCGGAAGCCUCGGCCUCGCCCUGCUGCGUCCCCCAGGACCUGGAGCCCCUCACCAUCAUGUACUUCAUCGGCCGCUCGCCCCGCGUGGAGCAGCUCUCCAACAUGGUGGUGAAAACCUGCAAGUGUCGCUGACGGGUCCCGCCCCCACCCCCGCAUCAACUUCCUGUAAAUACAACUGCUCUCGCCCGUGCCGUUUGCCCCGGACCUUGGCGAGAUGAAGAAAGAGGAGCCGUGUCCCAGCCCGGGUCCUCCCUGGCUGCCAGCGCCCUGUGGUCCCUCAAGUCUGCCCGCCCGGCGUAAACAGGAUGUGAACGCUUUCCACACAGCUUCCAUUUUAAGACCUGGCCCCGCCUCCUUCUGGCAUUUGUGGCGGGAGGACAGACAUGGGCGGGGCGAUAUUUGUCGUCCUCCUUUUUAUGUUUUUUUUUAUUCAUUAUUCUCUAAAAGUAUCCACUCGUCAUUUUUCCUCGCUUCUGGCCAAUGUUGGAGAGAAAGUAGAAAUAAAAGAAAAACAUCCAUAGGCUUCGUUUUUAAAUAUAGACUCUGGUAUGCCAGUGGUUUCACUCUCUGCGUGUUUGUGUGUGUGUGUGUGUGUGUGCGUGUAUAUCUAUCCUUCUUGAGACAUGAAGAAGGAAAAGUAUCUUCCAUAUGAGGAGGUGUGAACAAGUGAUGACAUAAAUCAUGGUCUCAAUAACAUUGCAUCUAAUAGAGAGCCAAGUACUAGAGUCUGUGAACAUUGCUCCAAAGUCAGGAUAUUUUGUUGAUUUAAAGGCCUACUGAAAGCCACUACUACCGAGCAUAGUCUGAUAGUUUAUAUAUCAAUGAUGAAAUAUUAACAUUGCAACACAUGCCAAUACGGCCUUUUUAGUUUACUAAAUUGCAAUUUUAAAUUUUGCGCGGAAGUAUCAUGCUAAAACGUUGCGGUAUGAUGACGCGUGCGCGUGACGUCACGUAUUGUAGAGGACAUCUUGUUCCAGCACCGUUCCCAGCUAUAAGCCGUCUGUUUACAUCGCAUAAUUGAGUACCUUGAAGGUAGAAAAGCGCUAUACAAGUACAACCCAUUUAUUUAUUUAUAAUUCCACAGUGUUAUGGACAUCUGUGUUGCUGAAUCUUUUGCAAUUUGUUCAAUGAAUAAUGGAGACGUCAAAGAAGAAAGCUGUAGGUGGGAAGCAGUGUAUUGCGGCCGCCUUUAGCAACACAAACACAGCCGGUGUUUCAUUGUUUACAUUACCGAAGAUGACAGUCAAGCUUUACUAUGGAACAGAGAUGUCAAGCGAACACGGUUGGAUUGGACCACACACACAAAGUACAGUGUAUUAUGCAGCGAUCAUUUCGAAAGAUCGUGUUUCAAAGAGGGUCCCUUGCGAAGGGCAGAGAUGGGCAUUGCCACCACCCGUCGACUGGUGCUGAAGAAAAGUGCGGGGCCGACCUUCAGGUUGUACAGGUACGACCAUAUAAUCUCCCUAAAACACAAGUAACACAAUAAGCAGAUUUUUUUUUUCCCCCUAGUCCUUCACUCUCACUUUCCUCAUCCACAAAUCUUUCAUCCUCGCUCAAAUUAAUGGGGAAAUCGUCGCUUUCUCGGUCCGAAUCGCUCUCGCUGCUGGUGGCCAUGAUUGUAAACAAUGUUCUGAUGUGAGGAGCUCCACAACCCGUGAUGUCACGCGCAUAUCGUCUGAUACUUCCGGUAGCAACCAAAAGUUGCGAACUUUAUUGUCGUUGUUCUCUACUAAAUCCUUUCAGCAAAAAUAUGGCAAUAUCGCGAAAUGAUCAAGUAUGACACAUAGAAUGGACCUGCUAUCCCCGUUUAAAUAAGAAAGUCUCAUUUCAGUAGGCCUUUAAUGUGCAUACAAAAGUAAACAUUGAUUAGGGCAAAGGCAGCAAUAUAUGAUACAACAAGACCAUGGGAUUAACAACAAGAUUUUUCAAAGUUACUGUGUCUCGCUUUUAAAAGUGCUCCUCCUCUGGCCAACAUAUGAAAUAAGAAAUGUGUGUAAGAAAUUCAAAUGCAAAUUAAUUAAAAAAAUAAAAUAAAUAUUAAUGUAGAGACAUAAUGUACUACCUUAAAGUAAAUAAUGAAGAUUAAAAACAAAAAAAUACAAAUAAAUGAACUAAAAGCUGUCUUUUUCUUAGCAUGGGUCGACUUUUUUUCUUAGAAAAUUGGGAAUGUUCUUUUUGUGAGAUGAUUACUUUUUUAUGUAAAAAUAUUAAUUUUCAAUGCAAAAUUCAGACUUGUAUCACGAUAUUGACCAUUUUUUUUGUUGUUUUUGUAAAAAAGUGACAUUUUUGAGUAAAAUUUUGACUUUUGUGACAAUUUUCCCAAGUAAAAUUCCGAUUAGUAUUACAAUAUUGCCAAUAAAUGUUUAGUUUUCUUAUAAACUGUUGCUUUUGUUGAAUAAAAUUACGACUCUAAAAUUGCCCAAAUUUGAAGCUUUUUUUGUAAAAUUGCGACUGUUAUUGAGUAAAAUUACAACUUUUAUCAUAAUAUUGCACAAAUGUUCAGUUUUUGACUUGCGUUGAAUAAAAUGACGACUUUUAUUAUAA